UUUUUCGAACUUUCGAAGGUGAGAUGAAUGCAGUGAUGAAAGAGCUGUCAGCGAUUGAGGAUUUAAGGAACAUUGAAAAUGCUUUUGAUGAUGAAGAGCCUUACAUUAAUCUCGAAAUUCUACAGGAAAAGACGCUUUUCACAAAAGGGCCGAGGAAUUUUUCAUUAGUUUUUCCUGGAAGAAGCUGGCUGUUUGCAGGAAAUCUUUCUAAGAUUGAAGGGAAGCAUUAUAUCGAGUAUUGGGCUAUUUUGUUGUCGGAUUGUUUAAUUCUAGCAAGAAGGACUGAACAAAGAGUACUACUAAUAUUAGAAGAACCUGUUCUUUUACGGUCCAUUUAUCAAGCAACAUUUGAUGUGAAAAAAUGUGAUUCUGAGUUCCGAAUACUAUUUGCUGCCGAGAAUCCUCAUAAGUCAGCAGGUCAACGUAAUCAAUGGAUUACGUGGAUUUUGAGAGCUCCUUCUUUCGGGAUUAAGCUCCUGUGGCAGACGAUUAUUACUAAUCAACUGUCACUUCACAGUACAGAAGCUUUAAAUCAAGGCAAGAAACCAAGUUUUGUACACAUAAAACCACCUUUAGGGUUAAAAAGUUUAUUGCCAAAAACUAAUUUAAGACACAGUGAGUCAUCUUUCGCCACCACCCAAAGUCAACUUUCAAUGCCAGCAAGUUUUCAAAGAAAUCAGUUUUACUCUGUGGAAAUUUACAAAAAUACUAUGAGAGGAAAUCCAUCGUUGAAAUCUAGAUUAAGAGAAAAAGAAAUAUCUUUUAAACUGGAGAAGGAAACGAGCCAGAUAUCUCUGGACGAUGGAAAGCCAGAAGAAAAAGUCCUGGCUGUUAGAAGAGCAUCAAUAUCGAGAUCCAAGUCAUUUGGUAACGAUAUUAAAGAAGCCAUACCUUACAUCGAUUGCGUGGAAGAAAAUAACUCUGGUACUGAAUCGAACAUCGAUUCUGUUCAAAACAUCACACCGGCUAUGAAAAUAGAAGGAUCUUCUGAAAUCUUUGAAUCCGAUUCUAGUCUGAAAGUAAUGUCUGGAAGUCCAGAAAGAAUGGAUAGAUUCGUUCAAACUGAAGUGGGAUCAUCUUACUCAAGUUCGCCGAGAAGCCAAAAAAGAUUCCCAAGACUUGGAACCUUCGAAAGAAUAAAAUUAGAAAACAAAAGUGCUACAUUGCCUAUUAAAAACUUUCCUAGAACUAGAAUUGGUACAUCAUCUAAGCACCGUCGUCCUAUAACAACUACGGUGUCAAAGGAACAGCUCAUCAAGGCUGAAACUGUAUCGCCCAUCAUGGACCAAAAAUGUUCUGAACCCAGAUCGAUAACGCCGAUUUUACAAAAACGCAAUAGAAAAGGGUUUUUCUCUCGUUUGUGGAAAAAGGAAUCUAAGCCAUAUUCUGGAAUAAACUGCAAAAAUGACGAAGAAAAAACUAAGAAAGAGACAUUAAGCUUGAAUGAUUAUACAAGCGCCUAUUCUGAAAAUAAGGAUGUCGAGUCUCCAGAGAAAUUAAACUUCGAGUUAUUAGUAAGUACGCCAAAUUCAUCGCAAGUAAGUGUUUAAAGUAUUACUUUAUUAGAAUAGAAUGGACUUUAAAAUGGUAAAUGACACCGAAAAUAUUAUUCAUCUGUAAUUGAGGAGAAAAUUAGCAUCAGGUUCUUAGAUUAACUUUCUGAACGCUUCUUUGUAAAAGAAAUUUUUUUGAACAUGCUUAGAAAUUCUUGUUUUGUACUUUCGAAU